UAGUACAACGUUCGUUGUGGAACGCAGUUCACCCAAUCCACUAGACCAUUAGAGAAUCAGACAGAGCGACAGCGACAUGGAUUUGGCUGGCAAGAAUGUGGUUUACCUUGGAGGAUUCGGCGGCAUAGGCCAGAAGUGUGUGCAAGAGCUGCUCCGGCGGCAGCUAAAGGCACUGGCUGUCUUCGACUUGACAGCGAAUGCUGAGGCGUUGGCCGAGUGGCGAGCAGGCAGUCUGGGAACGGAGAUCUUCUACCAGAAGGUGGACAUCACCAGGAAAGAGGACAUCGAGGCGGCCUACAAGGCGACCGCUGAGCGCCUGGGACACUUUGAUGUGGUUGUCAAUGGCUGUGGACUGAUGAACGAUCGCCUGGUGGAGCUCACCAUUCAGAUAAACUUGCUGGGUGUCAUCCAGAGCACUUUGACAGCCCUGGAGUACAUGGACAAGUCAAAGGGUGGCAGGGGUGGACUCAUAGUGAACAUUUCCUCGGUGGCAGGCCUGCAGCCCACGGCUCUGAUGGCCAUCUAUUCGGCGGCCAAGACCGGCAUUACAUCCUUCACUCGCUCCAUGGCCAAUCCCAUCUACUAUGCCCACUCGGGCGUGAGCUUUGUGACCAUCUGUCCGGGAUUCACUGACACUCCCCUGCUGGAGGACAUCUCCAGCAAGACGACAUUCACUUACCACACACCCAUGCUGGACAUGUUCAACAGGGUGAGGCGCCAGAAGCCCGAGGAUUGUGCCAGGAAUCUCGUACAGGCCAUGGAGCAGGCCAAGAAUGGGGCAGUUCUCAUGCUGGAGCUGGGCGAGACCCAGGAGCUUCAAAUACCCGACUUGUGGAAGCCCCAGCUCGAGUAAAAAGCAGUUCCAUAAUCUUAUCUACUAAUUAUAUUCCAGUGUGUACCCAAAUAAACUCAUACAAUA